AGAAUCGGUUCUGGAUUGAACAUUGCCGCGGACGGCUCGUAUGAUAGCAGGGGUUGUAGUGCUGAAAUUGGGAAAGUGGUCGUUACUGACCAGCUCACAAAGCUUAUAAUGCACACGGAGGUUUUAGAUCGGUCUCAGUGCGACAAUCAUAGCCCCUUGAUGGAAGUAGAAGGAUUGAGGAGGGCUUUGCAUUGGUUAAUUAUGCAAGGACUGGUAAUUUCGUCUCUAACGACCGAUAGGAGCCGUAGCUUUGGUGGAGUGUUGGCAGAAAUGGAGCAAGUUCAUGGGACCAAUAUUGAGCAUUACUUCGACGGGUGGCAACUCGCCAAAUGGUUAGGGAACGAGCUACGAAAGGAGUCCCGUCGCUCCGGAUGUGACGCCAUCGCUGGAUGGAUUGAGAAGACUAAAAGGCAUUUGUGGAAAUGUAUUGAGCAGGGCCCUUCCAGUGUGGACGUGAAGCACCGGUUUAAUCGUUGCCUGAUGCAUGUUAGAGACGUGCACCAGUGGGAGGAGGUCAUCAACUCCUCUUUACAACCUACAUAG